CAGCUGUUUCCUGUUGAAAAUGUCUGUGUAAUGUAGAUAAAUGUGAGGGAUUUUCUCUCUAAAUCCGUCUCCUGUUCGCUAAAUCUCACUUCUCCAAAACGAGCCUGCGCAAUGGAACAAAGUCGGAAUAUUGAGAUGUGACAUUGCCCGCAUCUCAUCCUCUUUCUCCCCGUUUUUUAAUGACUUCAAACAAGUUCAUUUUCGCCGGGCUUUGUCUUGCGGAGACCCGUGGGGAUGUCUAGCGCUCUUUCCUUUCAGUGGCAUUUAUGUGAUGUCUUCAAGAGUGCGAUGUGCUGUAUCUCCUGUAGCCACACCCUCUCACUACUGCUGUGCAUCCUCACCCUGACUCCGACGGCAACAGGGGCGGGCCCAGAGACCCUGUGCGGGGCGGAGCUGGUCGACACGCUGCAGUUUGUGUGUGGAGAGAGAGGCUUUUAUUUCAGUAAACCAACAGGCUAUGGCCCCAAUGCACGGCGGUCACGUGGCAUCGUGGACGAGUGCUGCUUCCAAAGCUGUGAGCUGCGGCGUCUGGAGAUGUACUGUGCACCUGCCAAACCUAGCAAGGCUGCUCGCUCUGUGCGUUCACAGCGCCACACAGACAUGCCAAGAGCACCUAAGGUUAGUAACGCAGGGCACAAAGUGGACAAGGGCACAGAGCGUAGGACAGCACAGCAGCCAGACAAGACAAAAAACAAGAAGAGACCUUUACCUGGACAUAGUCAUUCAUCCUUCAAGGAAGUGCAUCAGAAAAACUCAAGUCGAGGCAACACGGGGGGCAGAAAUUAUAGAAUGUAGGGACGGAGCGAAUGGACAAAUGCCCAACGACUUGGGAAGAGAGAAGGGAGUGGCCUUACCUGGUACCCCUGUGGAAUGGUUCACUGUAAAACAAAACAAAGAGGAGGCUAACAAUGGUCCGAAAAGCUCUUCAAAAUGAUUGAAACCUGAGAGCUAAGUGGUGUUUAAGGGUUUUAUGAGGAAUCUUGUGAUUAUUUUAUACACUGCACCAUUCCAUAUCGGGAGGAAUUCUUUGUUAAUGCAAUGUAACAGACUAGUUUAGCUGCUGAGACACGAACAAGAGCUUAUUAUACCUCCAUGUGUGAGCUGCAGCAUUCCCCGGCUCCAGGGAAGGUGGGAACGGAUCUGGGCCUCAGCCAAUCAGAGAGCGGCAGGCUGUGUUUGCGAACGUGCAGUCCAUCCUGUCUAGCGAACUUUGCAAAGUAAAAUCCUUUUACAUUGAGUGGAUUCAUUCACUCCUUUGGUAAGACAGGAUGCAUUGUCAGCGGUCACAUAUAACAGUUACUACCCCAGUUAAAAUUUGAUUAUCUUACCUUGUUUUCAUGCACCAUGCAUUAUUGAGGAUACUUGUAAUAGGUAAAAACAAGGUUCACUUUCGAGCAAAGAGCAGCUGGUUCAUUAUCAGAUUUUAAACAUUGCUGUAGUUAUUUUAUCUUGAGGCCAACUCAAAUCCCUACUUCUCACUGACUGAAGGCAGCGUUCUUCCGUCUAAGAGGAGUCCCCUGAAGGUUUGAGUCCAGUCCAAAUCCCUCCUAAGCCUCAGGAAGUGUUGAGAACCUGAGGUCUGAGUCUACAAUCCAAACACUUCUAUAACAACAGAUCAAGCACCAUUAGAGGGGAUUUUAAGGAACAGAAGGUACUACAAAAAUAAGAUUUGCCUGUUUUCAAAAACAGAAAAUCGAAUAAACCAGAGGCUAAACUGAAUUAAAGUUUUUUGGCCCAUUUCUGCGUGGUGCUUGUGUGGUUGUCAGAAAUGGGUCAUUCAGUGGAUUCAAAGUACAUUUGGCAUAAGUCAGUGGAAUAAGUCAAAUAAGCGACAAUCAGGCAAAAUGUUUGUCGUCUGCAUCCUUUUCACAUGUCACCACUGUGGCCAAAUCAGAUUUUUUGUCAACAAUCCAGUCACCGGUGAUCAACAUUGGGGUCCGAAUGGAGGGCUGUGUUCAAGGUUAAACGCAAGUCAUGAAAGUUUAGUCACAGCAAGUCAACAAGCUCUCUAAGAGACCCACAAGUAUCAGCUAGAAUAAAAUCUUUUCUCUUGUUCUCUUGAGGAACUAUCAAUAUGUUCCCAAGCCUGUCAACACCAAACUCUAAAGCAAAAGAUGGUGAGGCUCUAACAAUAACCGCAUAGAUGUGAAGUUUAAUAAUUGAUUGAUCUUGGCUUGUUAUAUUUUGUUAGUUUAGGGAGGCUAAGAACUUUGCUACUUCAGUUGUUGUUUGGGCUGCAUUACCUGCCAUCAUUAGAGUACAACAAAAAUCCACAGCGUCCAUUGCAAUGUCCACCAAAGAAACAUAACACAUAACGUAACACAUAACGUGAUUUGGCAAAUAUAUGAAGAUGACGAGUCCUCCAGGAGAUGCGAGAUAUGGCACGCAUUUAGCAGUACACAAACACACAUAGAAAGCAGCCACAGUGUAAAUGAGAGUUGUGUAACUGUGAGCAAGGAUCAAGCAUACAUAAACAGUUCUGAGAAGUCCUUUCAUGAGGACUGACAGUCAUGGCUGUUUGUUCAAGCUUCCGUGUGAAUCGACAGUCAUUUUAUCUCACAAACUGCCCAAGACAUCCCAUCUCUGGCUCUGCCUCCUCUGCCUGUGUAUAAUCAAACAGUACUCCCAUUUAUGUUAACCUAUGCAUUACUAUCAUUCAUUGUACAUGAUGGUUUCAUAUAACAAAACUGUAUUAAGAAUCCUAUCCACUGUAUAAUGGUGCUAUUUUGUAGUUUGUUACUUGCGAGAGAUGGCUAAGACAGACAGAUGGCAGGGCUUACAUUGGAGGUCUUCCCUUUUGCACAGCCUUGUGGCCACCAUUUUAAUAGUGUUUUUAUUUGUAAGCUGUUUCAAUAAGACAGUAGUGUAAGCGAGUAAAUGUAUCUGUGUGAAAUCUGUGAAUGCAUGGAGAUAAAAAAAAAAAAAGAAAAUGCAAUGUUGUGGUCCCAAAAAGGCAAAAUGCUAUUUUUUCUACUGUUUUUGAAUUAUUUUCUCAAUAUAGAUCCCUUAUGCCAAAUAACUUGACAAAAGUACUGUGAAGUGAGAUUCUUCCAAUUGUAUUGAGAUUGUUAAAAUUCAUGGUGUGCUUUUGUCUGUCCUGAGAUGUGUGUGUACAUGCACUUCACUGGUGGCCAAGGCCAAAACACUUAAUGCGACACUACGUAAACUUUGCUGAUCAGCGGCCUCUGUGGUUACAAGUGGUAAUGACAGGAUGAUGGCAUAUAAAAUUUGCCUCCAUGUCCCAAGAUUCCCUUGAGUCAGAUGCUUUAAAGACGCCACUAUAUUUAUAUGUGACCCAUCAAAAUGUAAUGCAAUGGAAGCACAAGUAAAAAAGAAUCCACAAGAUCAGCUGAUUUGCUCACUAUUCUCAUGCAGCAACUAGUUUAAAGGAAUAGUUCCAAAUUUUGGAACCUACAUCCAUUCACUUUCACGAUCGCUUUCAUAUCCUUUCUUUAAACACAAAGUUCAAGCAACAGCCAGUUAGCUUAGCUUAGCACAGUAGGAAUCAUUUAGCCUGGCUCUGGCUCUGUUCAAGGUCAACAAAAUUCCCACCAGCACCUCUAAAGCUCACAGAUUGUGUUUUUUUUCCAGUCUCCGCUGCUAUUAGUAGUGCUAGUUCCUUUAGCUGUCGAGUAUAAACCACAGACUUGAAGAACAAUCACACAGGACACACACACACGCCUGUAAUUACCACUUGUCUCCAUAGGUGCCACCAAAGUUCUUCGAGAUUAUUAUUUUGAAAAGUGACAUAAAACAACAUUGUGACACCACAUUUUACAGAUUAAACAGAUGAGUAUUGUGUGUGGUAAUGUAUGAGCUUUAGAGGUUCUGGAAGGCAGAGUUUUUUUGGGUUUUUUUUUUGUCCCGCUGGACAGAGCAAAGCUAGCUAUUUACUCCUGUUUCCAGUCUUUAUGCUAGGCUACGCUAACUGACUUUUGGCUGUAGCUUUGUAUUUAGUGUACAGAUAUGAGUCUGCUAUGAUUAGUCUCAUCUAAGUCUUGGCAAUGCACAAUAUUAUAAUUUACCCGAAUGAACUGUUGCUUUUUGUUUGCUGACAUUAGCUAAAAUUACCCUGGUAAACUACUGGUUUAGACCAAAUAAGGCUUUAGUGACAAAACCCCUGCAUUUUGUUGCUUAUGAUUAAAACUUAUUUGCAGGAGGAAGACUGUGUUAUUUCCUUUGAAAGUUGCAUAGUCUCGCCUUAAAAGUAAGCCAGGAGUUUAAUUUAGUUCAACAUUUGUUUGCAGCCCUCUGAAUUCAGACUUUAUUUUUGUCGAUUAGUUUCAAUGUGUUUUUAUCCAUAUACAAUUAAGGUUUUUAACAUGGGGAUUUGCAUAUGUACUUUGGUGUCUGUUCCUUACAAAUCCUGUUAUCAGUUGACCUGGCAAGAAGCUUGUUAAGAACAGUUCUGGUCCACCCAGAUCUGCAGUUGAACGGUAAACCAAAGACUUUCUAACAAGAACAAAGCCUCACUCUGCAUUAUUAUGAUGAAAUAAACCCAGAUCAUUAAUUGUCAAUUGAUGUCAUACUUGUCUAAACUGCACAGCAGCUACAGUACACCCUUCACAUACUGAAAUAAAGCUUGUGUAAUAUAGCAAUGUGAGCCAGUCAAAGGUCUUUCAGUGUUUCUGUUGUGUUUGGAGCAUCGAUAAAGAAAAGCUACAGCAGCCAACUUCAAAUCAUGUGACUAUGAAUCUUUCAAAAAUAUCUGUUUGUCACUUGUGUGAAACAAUCAAUAAAGCCUAAAAAGUGGGAGUUUGUGAGACAUUCACGAGUCUGUGAGGUGUUUAAUGAGAAAAUGUAAUUUCCUGAAGCUCACUGUCCAAGAAACUGUUUGAUUACAGCGCUGUUAUUUAUGGUGCUCGAUUGCCUUCUGUAGAAAAAAAAUACUGACAAAUUGUUCACCAUUCCUGCUGAAUAAACCACUUGUCAACAUCA